GAAGAAUUGAAAAGGGAUCCAGCUCACUGAUUAGGGUUAUAUAGUUAUAUAAAAAUAUAUUUAAGGGAUAAUGCUGAAAUCUACAGAUCGGGCUUUAUGUGCUCUCCGACCUCUGUGUUUUUAACGAGGGUAUUCCACGUCUAAGAUUUGGCGCUGCAGAUUCCUGGCAGUUGUAUCACUCUUCUGUGAUUCGUUCUUCUCAAAAAUUAGCUUUCAAAGAGGUAAAAUAUGGCCCUUGAGGUUACACAAAUUCUUCUUAAUGCACAAUCAGUUGAUGGCUCUGUCCGGAAGCUAGCAGAGGAGAAUCUGAAGCAGUUCCAAGAGCAGAAUCUGCCAGCUUUUUUGAUAUCCUUGUCAAGUGAGCUAGCAAAUAAUGAUAAACCUGUGGACAGCCGUAAGCUUGCAGGUUUGAUUUUGAAGAAUACUUUAGAUGCAAAGGAGCCACGCAGAAAGGCUCUGUUAGUACAGGGGUGGAUUGCUUUAGAUGGGACUGUAAAAAGCCAGAUCAAAGGGUGCUUAUUGCAAACCCUCUCUUCACCUGUUUCAGAUGCAAGGUCUACAUCUGCACAGGUUAUUGCAAAAAUUGCUGGUAUUGAGUUACCACAAGGUCACUGGCCAGAGCUCAUCAAAGUCUUAUUGCUUAACAUGGGUAGCCCACAAAUAGAAUCCCCUGCUCAUCUCAAGCAGGCUACUUUGGAAACUCUGGGUUAUGUAUGUGAGGAGGUCGCUGCAGAUGUUCUCGCUCAGGAUCAGGUGAAUUCUAUCCUUACAGCUGUUGUGCAGGGAAUGAAUUCAUCUGAGGGUAAUAGUGAUGUUAGGUAUGCUGCUACUCGAGCAUUGUCCAAUGCUUUGAAUUUUGCUCAGACAAAUUUUGAUAAUGAAGUGGAGAGGAAUUAUAUAAUGGAGGUAGUCUGUGAAGCAACAUUGUCUCCUGAACGGAGAAUUCGGCAAGCUGCCUUUGAAUGCUUAGUGCAGAUAUCUUCAACAUAUUAUGAUAAGCUGGCUUCAUAUAUGCAGCAUAUAUUUUCCAUCACAGCAAAGGCUGUCAAAACAGAUGAAGAACCUGUUGCUCUCCAAGCAAUUGAGUUCUGGAGUUCCAUCUGUGAUGAGGAAAUUGAUAUACAAGAAGAAUAUGGAGGGGAUUUAAGUGGAGACUCGGAUUUUCCUUGCUUUUAUUUCAUUAAGCAGGCACUUCCAGCUCUUGUGCCAAUGCUAUUAGAGACACUCUUGAAGCAGGAAGAGGACCAGGAUCAGGAUGAAGGGGCUUGGAAUCUGUCCAUGGCUGGAGGAACUUGCCUGGGGCUUGUUGCUAAAACUGUUGGAGAUGAUAUUGUUCCCCUGGUUAUGCCAUUUGUAGAAGAGAACAUAUCAAAGCCAGAUUGGAGACGGCGAGAGGCAGCAACCUAUGCCUUUGGGUCAAUUCUGGAAGGUCCAUCACCUGAUAAGUUGACUCCUCUUGUGAAUGUUGCUCUUAACUUCAUUUUGUCUGCAAUGAAAGAUCAAAAUAGUCAUGUGAAGGAUACAACUGCAUGGACCCUUGGUAGAAUAUUUGAAUUUCUACAUGGUCCAAUGAUGGAGGCACCCAUAAUUACACAGUCAAAUUUCCAACAUAUUCUUUCAGUGCUAAUUGAGAGUCUUAAGGAUGUGCCAAAUGUUUCUGAGAAAGUUUGUGGUGCCUUGUAUUUUCUGGCCCAAGGGUACGAAGAUGGGGAGGCAAUCUCCUCUCCACUUUCUCCGUUUUUGCAGAACAUUAUUCAGGCUCUUCUUGAUACAGCAGAUAGGGAUGAUGGAAAUGAGUCUAGGCUACGGGCCUCAGCAUAUGAGACCUUGAAUGAGGUUGUAAGAUGUUCAACAGAGGAAACCUCACCUAUCAUUAUGCAACUUAUUCCAGUAAUCAUGCGCAAGCUCAAUGACACACUUGAAACACAAAAACUAUCAUCAGAUGGGAAAGAAAAGCAGAGUGAAUUGCAGGGACUUCUGUGUGGUUGCCUACAAGUGAUCAUUCAGAAAUUGAGUGCUUCUGAGUCCAAGUAUGGCAUUCUGCAAUAUGCUGAUCAAAUGAUGAACCUUUUCCUAAGGGUAUUUGCAUGUCGGAGUGCCACUGUUCAUGAGGAAGCAAUGCUAGCAAUAGGAGCUCUUGCAUAUGCAACAGGUGUGGAAUUCGGGAAGUACAUGCAAGAAUUCUACAGAUAUUUGGAGAUGGGUCUUCAAAACUUUGAAGAGUAUCAAGUUUGUGCUAUCACUGUGGGUGUGGUAGGUGAUAUAUGCAGGGCUUUGGAUGACAAGGUAUUGCCUUUCUGUGAUGGUAUUAUGACACAGCUUCUGAAAGAUCUGUCAAGCAACCAGCUACACCGAUCUGUAAAGCCUCCAAUAUUUUCUUGUUUUGGAGAUAUUGCGUUGGCUAUUGGGGGCCAUUUUGAGAAGUAUUUGAUGUAUGCAAUGCCUAUGCUGCAAGGGGCAGCAGAGCUAUCAGCACAGUCUGUAGGUGCUGAUGAUGAAAUGAUUGAAUACACUAAUCAGUUGCGUAAUGGAAUUCUAGAGGCAUAUUCGGGAAUUUUUCAAGGUUUUAAAAACUCACCCAAGGCUGAGUUGCUGAUACCUUAUGCAGGUCACAUUUUACAGUUUCUUGAGAGUAUUUAUCAAGAAAAGGACAUGGAUGAACAGGUGACAAAGGCUGCAGUUGGAGUUCUUGGUGACUUGGCGGACACAUUGGGGCCAAAUGCAGCACCUUUGCUAAGGCAAUCAGCCUUUUACAAAGACUUUGUUGAUGAAUGCUUGUCAUCUAGUGAUCAACUGAUAAAGGAGACUGCUGAAUGGGUUCAAAUGACUGUUCACCGAGUUGUUUCAAGCUGAUUUAUCUGAAAUUUCUCGAAAUGCAUAUGGUCGUUUGGGUGCGUCACAUUAAAGGUGUUUGGGGUUGCAUACUUGUCCUUGUGUCAAAUGAUGUUUCCACGUGAAGAUUGCCAACAUUCUAAGGGGUCUUGGGGAAAUCAUGUUGAGAGCCAGAUUUUUGGCUGAGGGGUUUCUGGAAUUUGUUCCAACCUCUGCUAACUUUUCAUCUAUUCUAUCACUUGCUGCAAGCUGCAAACAUUGUAGUCUUGCUUAAGCUCUGAUUGUCACCUGUCCUCAGAGAGCUCAUGCUGCAUUCACAUUAAUGAAAGCAGCCCUUAAUACUGUUGCUCUGCCAACAGUUAGCAUAUUCACCUUGCAUGCUUUUGCUGUAUUUACGGAAGCAUAAAGACAGGCUGAAAAUGUAGCAGCGGCAAUACCAAGAUUGCAUGAGAGGAAAAUUUAUCAUUGCCUCUGCUGCGUUGCAUGUCAACUGGGUCUUAGUUUGUCAUGUGCCAGAAAGCACAUGGUCGAGACUGAUUGGUUAAGGAUGUUGUUACUAUACAUCUGUGAGAAAUCAGAUUUGCUUUCUCAGGUUCAAUGCUGUUGCAUUUGCCAUGGUCAUAGAGUAUAAGCGUCUGCAUUUGUUACCUUUUAUUAUCUGUACACUCCUGGUACUCCAUUUUCCAUUUUCUUUUGGCAUUUCUUUUCUAUAUUUUUUUCUUUUCUUAUUGGAUGGGUGCAAUGGUUUUUUCCAGUUGCAUUCUUAUCGGGAAUGCUUUGAAAAAGCACAGGUUUGCAGAAUGAAUUUCUGCAAUGCAUUGCUAAUGUAGGUCAUAUUCAUUCUUUCUUUUCUUUAGAAAGCUUAUUUCAUAUCUGCUCGCUUUUUCAUGUCAACUAUAGUGUGGCUAGAUUGAUCCGUCUUCUAUCUGCUCUCACAUGCAUGUCAAUGUUGACCAAAGAGCUAGACGUUGUUGUGGAUUAGAUGGCUCCUCCUACAUUUUGAAGGAUACUUGAGUCAUGCCAUAUUGUUUUGACUAUGGCUUGGAAUGCUGAUCUUGACCAUAUUGUGAUCUACCCGACUAUUGAAACCUUUGAUUGGUGUAAUGUAAUGCAAGUGGUAUUGGUUUUGAUUGACCACCUUGUGAUGGUCAAAUAGAAGGGUCGAAGAGGCGUUAUCAUAUUGAAGGAUGUUUUGUACCAAAUAAGAAAGCUUUGAUUUGUAUAGUGGGAUAUGUAAAAAUGCUUCAUGUAAUCCAUGUUACUUGUCUACGAGGAAUGAUGAUAUUUUUGUUGCAGAA